CUUCGUUCCCGGGACCGCUUUUCUCAAUUGCCUUUAAGAAAGGGGAAGGGGAAAAAACAUGACACGGAUUAUGCCGGAGAAGCAGAGGAAAAUGUGCAUCCCAGCGACACAUUGGUAACUGAUCCUGCAAGGACACUGCCCUCCACCUAUUCCCUGCCUCUGCUAUGGACACUUCUGCUUUCAGCCUCCCCACGCCAGUGGUGUCCGAGGAGGGGAAUGCCUCUGGCAGCUGGGCAGGCUUCACCACCCCCAACAGCUCCACCAUCACCAGCCCUGGUGUGAUUUUCAGUGGUGUCCUCAUCCCCGUGGUCUACCUCAUUGUCUGUGUGGUGGGGCUGGUUGGGAAUUCUCUCGUCAUUUAUGUGGUCCUGCGCCACUCUGUGAGUGAGUCAGUGACAAACGUCUAUAUCUUGAACCUGGCCCUAGCUGAUGAGCUCUUCAUGCUGGGUCUGCCCUUCCUGGCUGCACAAAAUGCCCUGUCCUACUGGCCAUUUGGGUCUUUCAUGUGCCGCCUGGUGAUGGCUGUGGAUGCCAUCAACCAGUUCACCAGCAUCUUCUGCCUGACGGUGAUGAGUGUCGAUCGCUACCUGGCCGUGGUCCACCCAGGGAAGUCCUCCAAGUGGAGAACAGCACGGGUGGCCAAGGCUGUGAGUGCAACUGUGUGGGUUCUGUCUUCUGUAGUGGUGCUGCCCGUAGUCGUCUUCUCAGAUGUUCCUUUAGGGAUGAACACUUGCCACAUCCAGUGGCCAGAGCCUGCUUCGGUGUGGAGAGCUGGCUUCAUUGUCUACACUGCCACCCUGGGCUUCUUUGGGCCACUGCUGGUGAUUUGUCUCUGCUAUCUUCUCAUCGUAGUGAAGGUUCGCUCCUCGGGCAGGAGGGUGAGGGCUCUGUCCUCCAAGCACAAGCUUUCAGAGCGCAGAGUGACCCGCAUGGUGGUGGCUGUUGUGGCUGUCUUCAUCCUUUGCUGGCUCCCCUUCUAUGUCCUCAACAUAAUCAAUGUUGUCUGCCCACUGCCAGAGGAGCCAUCCCUCUUUGGUGUCUACUUCCUCGUGGUGGUGCUGCCGUAUGCCAACAGCUGUGCCAAUCCUAUAAUCUAUGGCUUCCUCUCCUACCGCUUCAAGCAGGGCUUCCGGAGGGCCAUCUUCCGGCCAUCCCGCCGAGUCCAGAGCCAGGAGGUGCCAGAGUGCCCUCCAGAGAAGACUGAUGAUGAAGGGGAAGAGGGUGAGAUCAGCAAGAUCACGCAGAAUGGAAAUGACAGGCAGGAGCACCCUCUAAGCAGUGGGGAAGGAGAAAGCAACCAGCAAAAACCACUCCCUGAGGAGCCUGGGGGAUGCGAAAAGAGCAACAAGUUGCAUGUCAGUUAUUUAUGAUGAAAGGGAUGGUGCAGGGGAAAGAGACACUGGGACAUGGGAUCCCCUUCACCCUCUGUGCUUUUCCACCACAAAGGCAAUG